ACACUCAUCUCUACUCUUCCCCCUUCUUCUUCUCCCUUCCCAUCUCCUUCUAUAUAUGGACAUCCUCGUCCCUUAAUUUCCUAACAUCGAAAGUUCAACAAGUAUAGUUAAGGAGUCAAUCUCAGGAGCUGAGAAAAACGUUUCCUGUUUUCUUUGUCUUUUUUUGUUUUGAAAACUUCUUACAAUGGCUUCUUCUACUUCGGCACUUGCUUGGUCCACUCCCUCGUCUGCACUGAUCACCGGCAAGCCGAGAGGGUCCAGCACAGCUACUCCCCCAAGCUUCGUUAGCUUGCCGUCACGGAGAUUCUGCAGUGUGAGAGCUGAAGCUCAGGGUGAGAGCAGCAAGGACACAUCCGUGGACGUUCACCACGUGGGCAAGGGUGGCAGCAGCAAUCAGGGGAUGAAGUCCGUCGAGAGGAGGCCUCGACGUUUGGGAAUGGACAUCUCGCCUUUCGGCGUGCUGGAUCCGCUGUCCCCUAUGAGGACGAUGCGUCAGAUGCUCGACACGAUGGACCGCCUCUUUGAGGACGCGAUGACAUUCCCAGGCAGCAGGACUCGGGCAGGCGGGGAAGUCCGCGCUCCGUGGGACAUCUAUGAUGACGAGCACGAGAUCAAGAUGAGGUUUGACAUGCCCGGCCUCUCAAAAGAGGACGUGAGGGUCUCCGUGGAGGAUGAUGUCCUCAUAAUCAGAGGAGAGCACAAGAAGGAAGAAGGAGAUGGCGGGAAGGAGAAGGAAGGCAGCGACUCUUGGUGGGGCCGGAGCUACAGCUCAUACGACACUCGGCUCCAGCUGCCCGAUAACUGCGAAAAGGAUAAGGUCCAGGCGGAGCUGAAGAACGGAGUCUUGUACAUAACCAUCCCAAAGACUAGGGCCGAGAAGAAGGUGGUCGAUGUGCGAGUUCAGUGAUGGGCUUAAGUUCUAAAUAAGAGUUAAAAGGCUUGCUUGCUUCUUUCUUUUUUUUUUUUUUGGGUACCUUCCCCCUCGGCAAUAAAAUAAUAACGUGCUUUCAAAUUAGA